GCCAAUCAGGAUCGGCGUCAGCGCAAGAGCUAAAGGGACGGUUUAAACGCAGAAUAUUGUAUUAAACAUCACUAAUCCGUGAGAGCGGGCGGCGCGGUGUAACGGGAGGGAUUCCCGCACCUCAUACAUACGGUUUAUAUACAGUUUCUAUACGGUUCAUAGACGCUCGGAGUGAGGGACGCGGCGCAUCACGUGUGCAUGACGUCCCCGGAGGCCGAAGCGCCGCUUGGACCCAACAGCGACCCGUACCCAGACCUUACACAGAUGGCGCUCGAUUGUUCCUGCCUGCGGGCGGCGGGUGAAUAACUCGGGCUGCGGUUGGUCGGGGCUGUGCGGAUAGGCGGCCGUUGUACAUCUCGGUUUAUCUGGCUGCUCCGGGGCGAAGGGCCGGGCCCCUGACAUGGCGGACGGAGGCCCCGGGAUGUGUUGGUACCUGAGGCGCUGCGGGAGGAGCGAGGAGUCGCUGCCAUUGCCUGACGGGGAGGAGGUCACUAUGGGCCGAGGCCUGGGGGUCACCUACCAACUGAAACCCACCCUGUGCCCCCUCAUGAUCUCCCGCACCCACUGUCUCUUCAAGCAGAACGUCCGGGGCGAGUGGACUGUGACUGAUAACAAGAGUCUGAAUGGGGUUUGGAGGAACAAGGAGAGACUGGAGCCCCACAAGGCCUACACCCUGAGCGAGGGGGCCCUCAUCCAACUGGGGGUGCCCCCACCCAACGCGGAAAGUGCUGAGUUUGAGUACAGGUUGGUCCGGGAGCAUCUGGACAAGGUGUCGGGCUCUGUAAUGCGGCCGCUGCCCGGCAAGGCCAAAGCCCCGAGGGCCAAGCGCAAAUUCACCGCGGAGGAGGCCGACGCCUCGGGAAAUGAGGGUCCGUCCAAGUUGUGCCGGGUCUCCAGGGGGGGCGAGGCCUCGACCAAAUCCUCCCGCCCCCCUCCCCUGGUCACGCAGCCUACGGUCAGGGCGGGGCCCACGCUCCCUGGGGUGGAGCCUGAACUCAAUGACUCUCUGGAUGCCGAUGCGGUGGCCCCCACCCAGCGCCAGUGCCGCAGCAGCCUGCAGCUCUCCCGGGUCCGGCAAACUAUGGAGGAGAUCCGCCGGCUGAAUGUGCAAGUGCAGGAGAAACAGAUGGAGGUGCAGGAGAGGCUGAACUGCCCCCCCGAGAGCCAGCGGGGCCCCAACUGUGUCCUUGCGGUGCAGAAGGAGCUGCAGGAGCUGCGCAACCAACUGAGCAAUGAGCAGGAGCAGCAUCUGCAGAGCGUGAAGGAACUCAAGCAGAUAUUCCAGCAGGAACAGCACAACAUGGGGGGUCGGAAGCGCGCGGAGGAGGAGGAGCAUUUGAAGGAGCAGUUGGCGCAGGCGCUGCAGGAGCACACGCAACUGAUGCAGGAACUGAACCGCAACAAGAAUGACUUCGAGCAGAUUAUUCAGGCGAAGAAUAAAGAACUGCAGGAAACCAAGGAGGAGAAGGAGAAGGUUCGGGCCCAGAAGGAGGAGGUACUGAACCAUAUGAACGACGUUCUGGAUAAUGAGCUUCAGUGCAUCAUCUGCUCGGAGCAUUUUAUUGAGGCGGUGACGUUGAACUGCGCCCACAGCUUCUGCUCCUACUGCAUCAAGUCAUGGCGGAAGCGCAAGGAGGAGUGUCCUAUCUGUCGCCAGGAGAUCCUGUCGGAGACGCGCUCCCUCGUGCUGGACAACUGCAUCGACAGUAUGGUGGCCAAGCUGAGCCCCGAGAUGAAGAACCGGCGGGCCGCCCUGAUAUUGGAGCGCAAAGGUGAGAGCAGAGAUGGUCCAAGUGGAGGAACCAAGCCCAAUUCUCGUGGGCAGUGACAGCAGUUCGUUCCACUUCUCCAGCAGCAGCUCCGACAGCGACGAGCUCUUUUGGUUGGUGAACGAUGAGGAAGAGGAAGAGGAGGAGGAGGAGUUCUACCAGGAGUCUCUGUUCGACUGCGGAACCGACGAUCUGGACUCCUCGGACUUUGAGUCUGACGAUGAUGACGAUGAGGAAGGCCACUUUUGAAUAUCAUGAAUGCGCUCCCCCCCCCCGGCCGUGGAGCAGCCAAUCACAGGCGUGGCCUGGAGCUGGGCCGGUACCGGACCGUUACACGCGUGACACAUACACUCUACAUGUACAGAUCUACUUUCCUUCGUGUAUUUAUUUCCUUUGCAUCAUGUGACACUGCAGCAACGAGGAUUCUGCCGCACCGGGGACUGGGUUUUUCUUUGUGUUUGGGGUGGUUCUGUUGGUUCUAUUGGGUCGGGGGCUGAGCAGUUAUUAAAGGCACUUUGGAUGCUGUGCG